AUGUCUGACAUUAGUCAACAGAUGAAUAACUUGAGCGUUCAAGAUAACAAUAAACCCAAUGGUAAUGGGUAUUCAGGUCAACCGCAACAACAAUCGGGAAGAAGACAAUAUGUGCCACCACACUUGAGAAACAGGUCAUCUCAUCAGCCAUCUUCCAAUGGUGCAAACGGUGAUAUUCCUUUUGGAGGAUCACGUCGUUCUGACUAUGGUGGUGGUAGAGGUGGUUUUGGUUUUGGUGGUGGUAGUAACGGCGGCGGUAGCGGCCCAUCAGGUGGGUACAGAAACGGUGGCGCUAGAGGCGGAUCAAGAGGUGGUUUUGGUGGUGGAAGAUACCAAAGACCUACACCAGGUGUUGGUAGAUGGGUUGACGGCAAGCACGAACCUGCACCUCGUAACGAUAGAUUGGAACUUGAAUUGUUUGGUGUUGCUGAAGACACCCUGUUUCAAUCAUCAGGUAUCAACUUUGACAACUACGAUGACAUUCCUGUUGAGGCCAGUGGUGAAGGUGUUCCUGAACCAAUCAACUCAUUCACUGCACCACCUUUGGACGAAUUGUUAGUUGAAAACAUUAAAUUGUCUCGUUUCACCAAACCAACCCCAGUUCAGAAAUACUCAGUGCCAAUUGUUGCUGCCGGCAGAGACUUGAUGGCAUGUGCUCAAACUGGUUCAGGUAAGACUGGUGGUUUCCUUUUCCCAGUAUUGUCAGAGUCCUAUAUGAAUGGUCCUGCUCCAAUUCCUGAGUCGACUGGUGCCUUUUCAUCACACAAGGUUUACCCAACAAUUCUUGUUAUGGCUCCAACAAGAGAGUUGGUUUCGCAAAUUUAUGACGAAAGUAAAAAGUUUGCUUAUAGAUCAUGGGUCCGUCCAUGUGUUGUUUAUGGUGGUGCUGAUAUUGGUAACCAAAUUAGACAAUUGGACAGAGGUUGCGACUUGUUGGUUGCUACUCCAGGUCGUCUUAAGGAUUUGUUGGAGAGAGGUAGAGUCUCCUUGGCAAACAUCAAGUACCUUGUCUUGGACGAAGCCGACAGAAUGUUGGAUAUGGGAUUUGAACCACAAAUCAGACACAUUGUUCAAGAGUGUGACAUGCCAGAUGUCCAAGAUAGACAAACAUUGAUGUUUUCAGCUACUUUCCCUAGAGACAUUCAAAUGUUGGCACGUGACUUUUUGAAAGAUUACAUUUUCCUUUCUGUUGGUAGAGUUGGUUCUACUUCAGAGAAUAUCACACAAAAGGUUUUGUAUGUCGAAGACGAGGAAAAGAAGUCUGUUAUUUUGGACUUGUUGAAUGCAAACAGCGAAGGUUUGACCAUUGUGUUUACAGAGACUAAGAGAAUGGCUGACAACUUGGCAGACUUUUUGUAUGACCAAGGAUUCCCAGCAACAGCAAUUCACGGUGAUAGAUCUCAAUACGAAAGAGAAAAGGCACUUGCUGCAUUUAAAUCUGGUCAAGCGCCUAUCUUGGUUGCUACUGCGGUUGCAGCUAGAGGUUUGGAUAUUCCAAAUGUUUCACACGUCAUCAACUAUGACUUGCCAAGUGACAUUGAUGACUAUGUUCAUAGAAUCGGUCGUACUGGUCGUGCUGGUAACGUUGGUAUUGCCACUGCAUUCUUUAACAGAAACAACAAAAACAUUGUCAAGGGAAUGCUUGACUUGUUGACGGAGGCUAACCAAGAAGUUCCAGAUUUCUUGAACAAGAUUGCUAGAGAAUCAGCAUUUGGUAGACCAGGUCGUGGAUCUUCACGCGGAGGUGGUGCUGGUGGUUUUGGCGGCUCUCGUGGCGGAGCUAACAGAGACUUUAGAAGAGCCGGCGGUGCUAGCGGUUCAUCAAGCUCUGGUUGGGGUAACAGCUCUAGCAGUGGCUGGGGUGGUUCAGGCAACUCUGGUUGGGGCAACUCUAACGGUUACUCCAACGGCGGAGGUUCUUAUGGUGGCUCUCGUUCAAGCUUCAAUGACAAUUCAAGCUACGGUAACCCAUCGUCCCAAAACUCAUGGUGGUAG